UAUAAUUGUCAAACAGUUUUAAGGUUAUGUCACUGUUUUUAUUUCAAGUAAAUAAAACAUUUAUUUAUUCUCCUCUUUUCCAAAUGAAUUAAUAAUGUUUUGGCCCCUGUUAGCGAAAAAACCCAUGAAUAUAUGGGCCCCGUUGAGAGCAAAAGUCUCAAUUUGGUCCCCCUUGGCAGAAGCGUUCAAUACCCGUCCCAUACCGAAAAUAAGUUUGCGUAGUAAAGAUGUGGGGCUCUUUGGGGUGCCCGAGCUUACCACCCAUCACGGUUUUUACGAUAUAAAAGACAAAUGCGUCCAAAAAACAAAUAAUUUAAUAGAUGAGGCGUUAAAUGGGUCUAGGACUCGUAAAAUGGUAGAAAUAUUUGAUGAAAUAUCAGACAGUUUAUGUCAAGUGGCUGAUUUAGCUGAAUUUAUACGGUUGGCACAUCCAAAUUCCCAGUACAGUUAUGCAGCUCAAGUUGCUUGCGGUACAGUUAGUGGUAUAGUGGAGAAACUCAACACUAAUGUAGAAUUAUAUCAAAUAUUAAAAACAGCUGUGCGAAGAGGUGAUUUGGUAGCAACCACUACCAUAGACAACCAUGUGGGUGAGUUAUUUUUAUUUGAUUUCGAACAGUGUGGUAUACAUUUAUCCAUGGAGAAUCGGAAUAAAGUGGUAGCACUAAAUGAUGAUAUUUUAAAUUUGGGACAGCAAUUUGUUGCUGGUACUGCAAGCCCUCGCCUCAUUAAAAAAGAUAUUAUAUCACAAAAUAUUCGACACCUGUUUAUGUUAGAUGGAGACACCAUUAUUAUUAAUGGUCUCUACACUGACUCUAAUAACCCUGUUGCAAGAGAAAUGGCUUAUAAAAUCUUUUUACACCCAGAUCCUGACCAAGACAGGCUUUUAACUAAUCUAUUAUUAUCCCGAGACCAGCUUGCCAAGCUAUGUUGCUUCAAUUCCUAUGCUGAAAGGGCUUUGAAGGGGGCCACUAUUGACACACCCCAAAAUGUCAAACAAUUCUUAAAUAAUCUUAACACAGGAAUAUGGGACAAAGCCCAGAAUGAUUUUGAACAUAUGAACAAAAUGAAGCAGAAUGAAGCUUUUGUUCAAGGAAAAUUAGCCUCUUGGGAUGUGCCAUAUUAUACACAAACAGCCAAGAAAGAAUGGUUUAGGGUCUCGGCCAAGGAAUACUCACCAUAUUUCUCUUUGGGGGCUUGCAUGGAUGGACUUAACAUGCUCUUUCAAUCUUUAUAUGGGAUUCAGCUCAUUAAUACAGAAGUGGCACCAGGGGAGUGUUGGUUUUCUGAUGUGUACAAGUUAUCAGUGGUACAUGAGAAGGAGGGCUUAUUAGGCUACAUUUACUGUGAUCUCUAUGAACGGAGCGGAAAACCCAAUCAAGACUGUCAUUUUACCAUAAGAGGGGGCAAACAACUAUCAGAUGGUUCCUAUCAAUUGCCUAUAGUGGUUCUAAUGCUUAAUUUGCCCUCCCCAAGAUGGUCCAGCCCCUCAUUGCUAUCCCCAAAUAUGGUUGACAACUUAUUUCAUGAAAUGGGACAUGCCAUGCAUUCUAUGUUAGGCCGCACCCAGUACCAACACGUUACAGGUACCAGAUGCAGCACGGACUUCGCAGAAGUACCUUCCAUCCUGAUGGAGUACUUCGCUUCCGACCACAGGGUUCUAAAACAUUUCGCCCGUCAUUUCCAAACCAAACAACCGAUGACAGACGAGAUGUUGGACCGACUGUGCGCCUCCAAGCAUUUAUUCACUGCUAGCGAGACUCAGUUACAAGUAUUUUACGCCGCACUUGACCAAGAGUACCACGGAGGUCAUCCUCUAAAAGGUUCCACCAUAGAUGUACUAGAAACGGUACAAAAUCAGUACUAUGGAUUGCCCUAUGUGCCGAACACGGCCUGGCAUUUGAGAUUUAGUCAUUUGGUCGGUUACGGGGCGAAAUACUAUUCUUACCUGGUGUCCAGAGCGGUGGCUCACCUGAUUUGGAAGACUUACUUUGAAGCAGAUCCUCUGAGUAGGGCUAGCGGGGAGAAAUAUAGGAGGGAAUGUUUGUCUCAUGGGGGCGGGAAGAAUCCUAAGAAGCUUGUUGGUGAUUUCUUGGGGAUUGACCCUACUCCCGACGCGUUCGCAAAGGCGCUUAUUGAUGAGAUUGAACACCAUCAGAGUCAGGUUGAUUUGGUGGUGAAGCGGUGAUCUCGGUUAUGAAUAUGGUUAUUUAUUAUUUAUUUUUUAAGUCUUUAUUCUAAUAAAGCGCUGUAAAGUACG